CAGGCAUUUGUUAUGAAUUGAAUUUCGGCUGAUCAUCAUUAUUGAUGAAUUUGAUUUCAUUUUGAAUUGGUUUCGAAUUCAAAACAACAUUCAAUGAUGACAACAAAACCUAAAACAGCUAUUGUAAAUUGUGAACAAAUCGUAACAAUUUGUUCGAAUCAUCAACAAUUUUUAGCUGGUAAAAAACAAGAUAUAAUUGAAUCAAUUGAACGUCGUAAUCAAAUUGGUGUUUCGAUUGUAUUUGCUGAUGAUGGUCGAAUAAUGGCUAUUGAUUAUCAUGAUCGUAUCGAUAAUUGGUUAUGUCAAAAUUAUGGUGAUAAUUGUUGGCAAACAAUCGAUACAAUCGAUGGUAAUGGUUGUUCAUUGAUACCUGGACUAAUUGAUUCACAUUCACAUCCAAUUUGGGCUGGUGAUCGUAUCGAUGAAUUUGAUCGAAAAUUACGUGGUGAAACUUAUAUGCAAAUACAUGAAUCUGGUGGUGGUAUUAAUUAUACUGUACGUGAAACAAAACGUGCAACCGAAUCAGAACUAUUACAAUCAUUUUUACAACGAAUCAAUCAAAUGAUAAGUUGUGGAACAACAAUAUUAGAAUGUAAAACAGGAUAUGGACUUGAUUAUGAAUGUGAACGAAAAAUGUUACGUGUCAUUCAACAAGCUUCAACAAUGUCGCCCAUUCAAUUGGUUCCAACAUUUCUUGGUGCACAUUCGAUUCCAAGCGGAAUGACAGCUGAUCAAGGUGUCGAACAUGUUUGCACAAUGAUGGAACAAUUAUCUCGUAAAGAACCAGAAUUAAAAAUUGAAUUUUUUGAUGUAUUCUGUGAAACUGGUGUUUAUAAUCAUAAACAAACUGAACAAAUUCUUCGACGAGCUAAAGAAUUAUAUCCAAAAUCAUAUCUUACAUUCCAUGGUGAUGAAUUAAGUGAUCAAGAUUCAGGUCGUUUAGCAGCUAAAAUUAGUGCACAUUCUAUAUCACAUUUAGAAUAUCUUAAUACUGAUGGUAUUGAAGUAAUGGCUAAUCGAAACAUUGCUGCUAUUAUAAAUCCAACCACUUGUUAUCUAUUGAAAUUACGUAAACCACCUGUACGUGAAAUGAUUGCUAAUGGUGUACCAAUUGUUAUUGCAACCGAUUACAAUCCAAAUGCAUUAUGUUAUUCAUUACCAAUGGCAAUGAAUUUAGCUACAAUUCAUUUAGGAAUGACAUUAAAUGAAUCAUUAAUUGCAACAACAUUAAAUGCAGCAUAUGCAUUAAAUCGAUCAAAUGAUUAUGGAUCAUUAGAAAUUGGUAAACUUGGUAACUGUUUAUUAUUAAAUUGUUCAGAUUGGCGUCAUUUGAUUGCUGAAUUUGGUCAUACAUCAUCAUUGAUACGUAAUGUUAUUAUCAAUGGUAAACGAAUUCAAUAAUAUUACCCGAAUACAAUAUUCAUUCAGUAAAAAAAAUG